GAUUGUAAAAACUACCAACUUCUUUCUCCUUUAAUUUUCUCAUUUUCUUUAUCUCUCUUGUGCUCUCAUAAGAUGAAGUGAAAGCCUCAAUGCAAAGAAAUAAAACCAAAGAAAAAUAAAAAUAAAAGAUGAAUGUUGCAGCAAGCUUUGAGGCAGAAGAUUCUGAGUUUAUAGAAGUUGAUCCUACUGGAAGAUAUGGAAGAUACAAUGAAAUUCUUGGCAAAGGAGCUUCUAAGACAGUAUAUAGAGCAUUUGAUGAGUAUGAUGGAAUAGAAGUGGCAUGGAAUCAAGUAAAGCUUUAUGACUUUUUGAAAAAUCCUCAAGACCUUGAGAGGUUAUACUGUGAAAUUCAUCUUCUCAAGACAUUGAAGCAUAAGAACAUCAUGAAGUUUUACACUUCUUGGGUUGAUACUACUAAUAGACACAUUAAUUUUGUUACUGAGAUGUUCACCUCCGGUACUCUAAGACAGUACAGACUUAAACAUAAAAGAGUUAACAUAAGAGCUGUUAAGCAUUGGUGCAGGCAGAUUUUGGAAGGUCUCCUCUAUCUCCAUAGCCAGGACCCACCUGUGAUCCAUAGAGAUCUCAAAUGCGAUAACAUUUUCAUCAAUGGUAACCAAGGAGAAGUCAAAAUCGGUGAUCUUGGCCUCGCUGCAAUUCUCCGCAGAUCGAAUGCUGUUCACUGUGUUGGAACACCCGAGUUUAUGGCUCCGGAAGUGUAUGAAGAACAUUACAACGAAUUGGUUGACAUAUACGCUUUCGGAAUGUGUAUAUUGGAGAUGGUUACCUUUGAAUAUCCUUAUAGCGAAUGUAACCAUCCUGCUCAAAUUUACAAAAAGGUUGUCUCGGGGAAAAUGCCAGAAUCAUUUUACAAAAUAAAUGAUCAAGAGGUUAAGCAGUUUGUAGAGAAAUGCUUGGCAACUGUUUCCCUUAGGCUUUCAGCUAGGGAACUCUUAGAUGACCCUUUUCUCCAAAUUGAUGAUUAUGGAUCUGACUUGAAAGAAGUUCAGUAUCAAAGAGGUUGCUAUGAAGAAACACCAACGAUUCGACAAACUGUGAAUGGAAGUUAUAGCAAUAACUUAAUGAGUUUGUACACUGAUAAUUCUGGUGGUUAUCAAAAUGAUUUUGAUCUCUUUGAUUGUGAAGAGGAUGAUAAUUUGGAUAAAGUUGAUACCUCGAUCAAAGGUAGGAGAAGAGAUGAUGGCGUCUUUCUUAGAAUCAGAAUACCAGAUAAAGAAGGUCGAGUUCGAAACAUCUACUUCCCGUUCGACACGGAGACUGAUACUGCAUUGAGUGUUGCGUAUGAAAUGGUAGCCGAGCUUGACAUAACUGACCAAAAUUUAACAAAAUUAGCGAAUAUGAUAGAUAAUGAAAUUGCAAAUUUGGUACCGGGAUGGAAAAUUGGACCAAGAAUAGAUGAAGUUUCAGAAGCUUCAAGUGCAAGUUUCUGUCUCAACUGUGCUGCAAACAAUACCUUAGUUGAUUAUGUAUCAUCGAAUAAUCCAUGUGCCAAGAAUCUUCAAUUUUUCCAUUGUUCUAAAAACGGAUGUGCCGCGGUUCACGGCCGAUUCGAGGAGAUUACGUAUCAAUACGAAGGGUCUGCCAACACUGCUACAGAAGCUGAACCACCAAGUCAAUCCAAUGGCAUUCAUUAUGCUGAUAUCUGGGGUCAGCGAGACGAACAACAGUCAAAUCAUGAAGGAUUGAAAGACAUUCAUUGCGACGAUUCUCAUGAGAAAUCUAAACUAUCACUCAUAAAAGAGGAUGAAGAGGAGAAUAAUGUUGAUGCAGAUGACCAAAUUUAUCUUAAUACCAAAAAGCCUCCUUCUAGCCCUGCAGCUUCAGAAUGUUCAUUAUUCUUGGACUACGAAAACGAUAUAAGGCAUGAACUUCGAUGGCUCAAAGCAAAGUACCAAAUGCAUUUAAGAGAUCUUAGAGGCCAUCAACUAGGUAGUAGUACUAAACCAAAAUCUACUUGCACAUCUCCUGAAACUAUAAAACUAGAGCAUGGAAAAAAUGGAUUUCUGAGACCACCAGCUAAAUUGCAAAACAAUAACUCAUUAUCGAUAGACGUUGAUGCUGCAAAGUGCAACACUCUGAAUGACCAAAUUAUUCCAAGUAUUGCUUGUGAUACAAGUCAGCUUAACAAUUCUCAACAAAUGGUCACGGCCAAGGAUUUCUUCGCAGGAGCCUUGCUUCCAAACUCGCUUCAAAGGGCAACCUCGCUUCCAGUCGAUGCAGUUGAUGUCUAGAUAGAAUCUGGAAAUAUGUUUUCUCAUCAGAAGAGGGCACCAGCGUAAAAAUACUUAUAAGGAUCACCUUGUUUGUAGCGUAGUACAUGUUUGGAUUUGCAGUGAAUUUGGCGAAAUCUGCGAAAUCAUGUUGGCACUGUGGUUUUGGAUACACUUUGGUUCCGCUAAGAUCACCGUAAAUCCAAACACCUUGUCAAAGAGGUCACUUGACAAGGUAUGAGAAAAUGUCAGAUGUAAAUCAUAGUAGACUAACAGAAUCACAUAAAUGUAAUCAAGUUUUUCUGCUAUAUAGUAUAAUGUUUUCAAGAGGCUAGACUUAGUUGAUAAUAUCAUGCUUUAUUUGAUUAUAUUAUGACAAGUUUUUCUUUAAUAUACAAGUUCUUAUCUAUUUAUUUAUGUUAAUUUUU